GAAGAAACUGAGCAAACCCAUUUGGCCAUUUUCACUCUGCUUUUGUCUUGUGCUCUUUCAAUUUUUCAAUUUCGCCGGGCGGUUUUCCGUCUGCGGGUUUGGGUGACGCACCCGGGUUGGGGUACGGUGCAGGGGAACAGGGGCUGUGUGUUGACUGUUGCGGCUCCUGCCAAACGAAGCAUACCUUCCCUUCUGCUUUCUUCUUCCCUUCCAUCUCACGGUUCUUCCAUAUCCUGUCCAGGUGACAGAAACUUGUGUAUUGCAAAGCUGUUAAACUUCAUUGGCUGAUAAAAAUAUCUGAUGGACUAAGCAAAGUUAUUUCUGAGGGAUGGUGUCGAUUAGGAAACUGAGUCACCUGAAUGCAAAAUUUGCCCUUUCCUCUUUAGAUUUGGUGCUUGUUAAUUGCAGCGGUAGGCUCAUCUAUAGAUGCCCAUUUCGUGGUGAUGGGAAUUUAAAGCUUAUUAAUCGGGUGGUUGGUUCAUCAUCGACCAACAUAAGCCACCAAAGUAAUGUGGUUCGGUUUCGGCAUUUCUUCUCUCAAUCACUUUCAACAAUGUCUGGGACUAUCCUUGUCCAGGCUCAAGACCUGGGUAAAAUGAGUGAGGAUUUAGAACGCGCAAUUGAUGAGCCCAACUUUUUGUAUGCUUGGGAGCUUCUGGAAAGACAUAUCCAGAUGGAUGGGCUCCCUAGGAAAUCACUUGUGAACAGACUGUUAACAUCAUGUGCAGAAAAUUUAGAAGUUAAGUGGCUUGAAAAGGCGUAUGCCCUAGUUGAGCAAAUCUUUGAGGAUGACCAGAUUAAUCUAUUGGAGAAAGAAAGUUUGAUUUAUCUCUCGUUUGCACUUUCAAAAUGCAGAUUGCCUGUUCCAGCAUCUACUCUUCUCAGGAAGCUUGUUGAGGCUGAGAUGUUUCCACCUGUGGGUGCCUGGUCUGCAAUCAUAGGCCAUAUGUCACAAACUCCCGAAGGAGCUUAUCUUGCUGCAGAGCUGGUUCUUGAAAUAGGUUAUCUGUUUCAAGAUGGAAGAGUCGACCCCCGUAAAAAGACCAAUUCACCCCUGAUUGCUAUGAAGCCCAAUAUUACUUCAUUCAACUUAUCUUUAGGUGGAUGUGUUCUGUUCGGCACAACCAGAAAAGCGGAGCAACUUCUUGACAUGAUGCCUCGGAUCAACAUGAAAGCCGACACAAACUUAUUGAUUAUUAUGGCUCAUAUUUACGAGCAGAAUGGUAGACUGGAUGAGCUGAAGAAGCUCAAGAGACACGUUGACGAGGCCCACGACCUAACUGAUACCCAAGUUAGACAGUUCUACAACUGUCUGCUUGCAUGCCAUUUGAAUUCAGGAGAUCUUGACUCUGCCUCCCAGAUGGUCCUAGAAAUGAUUCGCAAGGCAAAGAAAGCUCAAAAUUCCCUUGGUGUGGCUAAUCUACUGUUUGAAAGCUCUCAGAGGUGCAACCGUUCAUCAAACCAUAAGGAUGAUGUAUCUGUAGGAGAUUUAUACAGUGGAAAUCAGGACAAAGAGCGAAAAAAGAUCUUAUCAUUUCAAGAUUUCUGUAGGGACAGGAAGUUUUUUAAACUUCAGGCUGAGGCAGAAGAGUUGCUUGAUAACUUGUUGGCCAAGUUGAAACACCAAAUUGAAUUGAUAACUAGCAAGCAUGGAAUACUCCAGCCCACAGAAACAAUAUAUGUGAAACUAGUAAAGGCUUUCCUAGAAGCCGGCAGGGCACAGGAUCUGGUGUACUUCCUAACCAAGGUUGAAAAAGAAGAUUCCCCUGUUUCUGUUGAUGAUUCAGUCUUGGUUCAAUCAAUCAAUUCGUGCAUUUCACUUGGGUGGUUAGAUCUGGCUCAUGAUCUUCUUGAUGAAAUGCGCUUGGCCGGCGUUAAAACAGGUUCUUCUGUUUAUUCUUCUCUGUUGAAGGCAUACUGCAAAGAGAAAAGGACAGGAGAAGUGGCAUCUCUUCUUCGAGAUGCUCGUAGAGCCGGUGUCCAAUUAGACGCAAGCUGUUAUGACAUACUGAUCCAAUCACAGUUGCUUCAUAAAGAUACUCAGUCAGCCCUUCACUUGUUCAAGGAGAUGAAAGAAGCCAAAAUCCCAAGAUCUGGGCAUAAAGGGUUUCAGCCUAUAGAUGGAAAUGGAGAAGAAGCUGGUUUGAUGCCAAAGCUCUUGCAAGAAAUAAAGGAAGGGCAAAAAGUAGAUUACGGAGUUCAUGAGUGGAACAGCGUGAUUCAUUUUUUCUGUAAAAAACAUCUGAUGACAGAUGCCGAAAAGGCUUUCAAAAAAAUGAGGAGUUUGGGACACUCUCCAAAUGCACAAACGUUUCAUUCUUUGGUCACUGGCUAUGCUGCCGUGGGUGGACAGUACACGGAGGUGGCAGAUUUAUGGGGUCAAAUGAAAUCGAUUGCGUCUUGUGGUGGAAUGAAGUUUGACGAGGAGCUGUUGGAUGGGGUGCUUUACACGUUUGUGAGAGGCGGCUUCUUCACAAGAGCAAAUGAAGUUGUGAAGAUUAUAGAGAAUGGGAAAAUGUUUGUUGAUAAGUACAAAUAUCGUGCCCUCUUCUUGAAGUACCAUAGAACACUUCACAAGGGAAAGGAUCCCAAGGUCCAAACCGAAGCCCUGCUUAAAAAACGGGAAGCUGCUUUGGCUUUUAAGAGAUGGGUGGGUUUGCAUUGAUCAAGCAGUUUAUUUUCUUGAACUUGGAAAAAGAUGCUAUAAAGAAACAUGUGGCAUUUCUUGAGGUCCCAUUUCUCAAGGAAAUAUGCAAAACAUGGUUGUGUUCAAUAUUCAUUUCAUCAAGAAUGCUUUCCCUAGCCAGUCAAAGAUGAUCAGAAGUUUUAAAAAGCAUAGAGAUUGCAGAAGGACAAGGCCAGUUUUGGCAGAAGCAUCUGAUGAUCAGAGAGGAUUUGAGUGAGGAAUUUCUGUGAUUGUUCCAACGGCCUAAUCAUAUGGUUGGUUUGUGAGUUCAUUUAUCUUCAUCUUCCCAUGCAUCCUCUUCACAGAAGGGUGUUAUUAGUGGCUGGCCGGACCAACAAUAAUCUCGGAAAUUUUGACAAUACAGCUAUGCAUUUCUGUUUGGACUAAAACAUAAUGACUUUCUCAGGACUGUGUUUUUAUUUCCCAAUGUAGGACCAUUAGCCAUUAUCUAUUAGUUAUUAUUCAACUAAAGUCUAUCAUUAUUUGAACAUUAUUCUUCUACCUAGUCAUUAUUAAGUCUUAUUUAGGGAAUAAAAAAGUUUAAAUCUUACAUUGGGAAAUGACUUAUGUUUUAGUCCUAUUCAGUAAAAAUUUCACUUUUUG